CACAUAUACACAUAGGCUAACAAAUUUGGUGGCGUCUGGUCGCCGUGAUCCGUCGUCAUGGGCAUCACUAUACGGUUGCCAAUACGUGUCACAACCAUGCGUCUCGAAAGAAUCAACACUCGAAACCGAAGAAAAAAGGUAGACCAGAUUUCAAGAUUAAUUCAAUUCAGUCUUAUUAUUUAUCUUUCCUAGAAAUCCACCAUCGAAACUUGUCUGAUUUGUUGCACUAACGGAGACAUGUAAACGUGAUCCAUUUUACUCCUCACUUAUAAAGUUCAUCUUCACCAACUUUGGAUCCAUAAUUAAUUUCAUACCCAAAUGCAAUGAACAGAUUUGUUAUACAAGAGGCAUCCAUUGUGCCUAUACACAAAGAAGCGCGAAUUAUCUAAAAAUGCCAUUCAAAUGCCUAGUUGGAGGGGAUACAGAAGAGGGUAUAACCGAAAACAAGUUAAGAAACAGAACUCAGAAGAAAAACAUGCUUUCACGGGGUCGAUCGCAUAUUGCUCCUGUGAACUAUGAUUCUUCGACGUUGACACCACCUUUGAUCAACACUGGCGGAUGGGAGAAUCUGCCACCUGAGCUGCUGCUUGAUAUUAUUAACCGAGUUGAAGCGGGUAAGACUACGUGGCCCUCUAGACGAGACGUGGUUGCUUGUGCAGCCGUUUGCAGAUUAUGGCGUCUUACGAUAAAACAAGUUGUUAAAACGCCGGAACAAUGUGGCUUGCUCACUUUUCCCGUGUCGUUAAAACAGCCCGGACCAAGAGGUGAACCAAUACAAUGCUUUAUAAGGAGGGAUCGGGCUGCUUCAACGUAUAGAUUGUAUCUAGGCUUGAGCCCAGCGCUGGCUGGAGAUGCAAGCAAGCUGUUGUUGGCCGCAAGGAAGGUGAGAAAGGCCACCGGGACGGAUUUUUUGAUAUCCUUAGCUGCUAAUGAAUUUUCGCGAGCUAGCAAUACUUACGUUGGAGUAUUAAGUUCCAAUUUUCUUGGCACCAAGUUUGUCAUUUACGAUGAUCAACCACCUUUCGACCCUCUAAUCCCGUCGAAUUCUAAAUUUGGCAUAAAGACGGUAACAUGUGGGGUAUUACCAACGGUCAAAUCUAAAGUGGUCAACAUAUCGUACGAGCUUAAUUUUCUACGAACCAAAGGACCAAGAAGAAUGCGAUGCACCAUGAACACAAUCCCUUCCUCUGCAGUUCAAACAGACGGGACCGCCCCUACCCCACCGACAUUUACAGACGAAUUCUCACAUUUUUUCGCAGCUUCAAACCGAAAAGAAGCACUGGUUUUGAAAAACAAAGCGCCUAGGUGGCACGAGCAACUGCAGUGUUGGUGUUUAAAUUUCAAAGGGCGUGUUACUGUAGCAUCUGUCAAGAAUUUCCAGCUGGCCGUUGACCCGCCGUUAAAUGAUCAAAGUACAGGUCAACAAGAUGAUGUGGUUCUUCAGUUUGGGAAAAUCGGGAAAGAUAUAUUUACUAUGGAUUAUCGCUACCCGUUGUCUACUUUUCAGGCAUUUGCAAUAUGCUUAAGCAGUUUUGACACGAAACCAGCAUGUGAAUAAAAAACUUUGUUAAACGCUCCUGUGACCCGCGUGUUAUCAUGAAUUUAAAAUGCUUUUAAAGAGUCGUAAAUAGUUUCUUUCGUGUUAUGUUUUCAAUUCAAAGAACAAAUGUAUGCAAGAAAACACAUGGGUACAUGUAAUAUCAUACUUAUUCUUUA